AUGUCCAAGUUUUUAUUAAGAAAUGGAGGGCAAACCUUCAAGCAAACACUAAUUCGUCAUUGCAGAAAUCUCUCUGGACAAGUUGUCACCAAAGACAAGCCUCUUCAAGAACAGAAACAAGAUGAAAAAAUAAAUGAGCAGGCGAUACAAACUUCAGAGAAACUCAGUCAAAUGUAUACAAAGCAAAACAUUAAAAAACCCAACCGGCCACCAUUCAUAAAAAACGUUUUCCUUGGUAAAUUCGACGAGGAAAUUUUGACUUAUCCCGAAGCACUUAAUAAGGAACGCGUGGACAAACUGGAGCAAGACUUGAGACCAAUACAAUUUUACUUUGAUAACAGUGAAGAUGCAACUAAAAAAGAAUUCUGGGAGAGUGCAAAGCAAAUGCAGCUGUUUGGAAUGGAAGCACCACAACUAUCAAAUGGCAGAGAGUUAAAUCUUACUGAAAGUCUCAGAUUUACAGAGAUAAUUGCUCAGAAAAGCAAUGAUAUUCAAUUGCUGAGCAAUGAACAAGCUGUAAAGGUGUUAUUACAAUUUGGCAAUGACAGACAAAUUAAUAAAUAUCUUCAAGAUGUAACUGCUGGCAGGAUUACAAUGGCAUGGUGUGUUAAUGAAGAAAAUGAAUGUGAUCCAGAGCAAUUUACAACUAGUGCCUCAUUUGAUGCUAACAAGAAACAAUGGGUUCUGAAUGGAAGGAAGUUAAAUGUUGUUAAUGGGGAAUCUGCUGAUUUGUUUGUAGUUUUGGCAAAAACGACAUUAUUGGCUACUGGUUUAAAUAAAGUCAAUGUUUCAGCCCUGUUAGUGGAAAGAACCUUUGGAGGAGUUUCUUCUAAACCAUGUCAAACUGUGGGACUUGAUAAAACUGAUAUUGCUGAAGUUACAUUUGAUAAUACUCAUGUGCCUGCAGAAAACAUGCUUGGAAAAGAGAACCAAGGUCUCUAUGUGUACUCCAAAAUUGUACCAGAAAUUAAUCUUGUUACUUCAAUUGCAUCAUGCACAAUAGCCAAAAAUUCAUACAACAAAUACUUUGAGUACUGCCGAGAUACCUCAACUGAUAAAAAUAAUUUACUAGAUACUGAGUUGGUUGCUGAAAAACUUGCAAAUUUUGCUGCAAAAAUUUAUGCCAUGGAAAGCAUGAUUUAUCUUACUGCUGGACUACUCGAUAUUUAUCAGGACCAGGACUGCCAAAUGGAAGCUUCCAUCACGAAAAUCUUCAGUGCUGAACAUUCAUCGAUCAUAACAUCCCAUAUAAUGCACUUAAUUGGCCCAGAUGCAUAUCAAACUCAGCACUGGUCGAACUCCAAUCACCGCAACGCAUUGCACUACCUUCUUUUCAAUGGCACCCCCGACAGUACAAAGAUAAUAAUCGCCCUGCAAGGUCUACAAUUCGCUGGAAUGCAAUUGCAAGAUUUAAUUAAACGCAUACGAAAUCCCCUUUUUCACACUAAAGAAGCAUUCUCACGUAUGUGGACACAGCGUCGCCAUAAUCGAGACAAUCCACGUUUGACUCUGCAGUUGCACCAAUUCUUACACCCGACGGCGCAACCCGGCGCGGAUUGUUUGGAGUAUUCGGUGUUGCGAAUGCAAUAUAUCACCGAAUUAAUACUAGCUCAAUAUGGUAUGGAAAUCGUAAACAAACACACGGAUGUAAUUCGCUUAGCUGAUUGCGUGAUUGAUAUUUACGCAAUGGUUGCGUCGUUAGGACGUGCCUCUCGUUCAUAUUGUAUUGGACUUAGCCAUUCCGACUACGAAGUGCUUCUUGCGAACGCAUUCUGUCAGAAGGCGAUGCGGCGCGUGAAGGAGAACGUGAUGUUAAUCCAAGAAGGGCCGUACGUUAACCACGACGUAGCGUACGGAAAACUUGCUGAGAAAGUGCAGCAAGUUGGUGGGUACUUUCCUGAGCACCCUCUUAAACGAAACUUUUGAUUUCAAUGUUGAUAUCAGUUAGAAUAAUAAAUUUAAAUAAUUGUUGA